UGCGAAUGGAUUACUUUAUUCAAGCAGCAGUAGCUUUAAGGAAGAGCAUGAUUCAUGUGUUUCGGUAAUAUAUUUAGUCACCGUCCGUAAUCCAUCCUUGUUACUGUCUUGCUAUCUUAUACAUUCGCAGCUUUGAAACAUAGCAAGUAAUUAAUUGUCAAGUCUUUCUAAACACAAAAUCCAAUCCUAAUUAGCUCAACCCGCAUUAUUUCCACCACCCAACUUCAGUUUAUCAUAUCUCCAUCAAAUCAAAUCAUCAGUUAAUUUCUUCCUCUGGAGUUAUGGGUUACAACUCAACAGAUGGUUAUCUUGAAAUUUUGGAUGAACUCAGCGAUGAUCAAUACAGCCUUCCAGAAGACAUGAUUAAUUCGUUGCUGGGUUACGUAAAGUCUAUAUACCGAUCAGAUUCGCAAAACAAUUAUGCCAAACCUAUGUUAUGGAUUGGGAUGUAUAUCGCCAUAGCAUCUCUGGUUUGCAUCCUUGCCAUGGUGGCAGAUUUAUUACAUGGUUUGCGUAGCAGAAAGCUAUGGUUUCCGUGUAGAUUUUUUAGAAUUAAUGCUGCUUACCUCUCUCUAAUAGCUAUUGCAAUGAAGUUACCAGUGGAUCUAAGUGGUUCCAUGCCUGGUAAUGUGGACCAAGCCGGAAAGCUCGGAAGCAUGGCCUUUAUGUGCACCAUGAUGGCGAAUUUACUGCCUUGUUUAGGUACUAUGGAUAGCAAUGAACUUUUGUCAAACAUCACAGCUUUGGGUAUUCUUGUAAUCACCUUGGUUGCGAAUGUAAUCAUACAAAUUCAAACGGGCGUUGUGUCAUACAGUGAAAAUGCUCGUAUUCUUGAGCUUGUUGCUCCUAAAUAUGAUGUCAAAUCACUGGGCGUACGUAAACAUCGCAAUGCAAUACUAGCCUGGAUUUAUGUGAAUUUGUUACUUGUGUUGUUGAUAGUGCACGUGUGUUCGUGUUUAGCGAUUCUAAAAUCCAAAAAGAUUAUACAAUCAAGAUACGAAGAACGCCAUGAAAGAGCUUCAAAAGACAUCCAACCAUCAUCAGAAGAAUUAACAGUUGAUAAGUUGCAAAAGCAUGUGAGGAACCACUGGAUCAUGGCAGGGAGUGGCAGUCCCGAAUUCAUAACAGCUUGCUUUCGUACCACAUCUGCUUCCGGGGUAAUAUGUGUUUUAGUCACUGUCUUGCACACUCUUACUAUCUCCUGGACGAUUAAAUCUGGUUGGGGUAAAGACGACUUUGAUUCGGAUUAUAGUUGGUCCAUGAAAGUGAUUCUAAUAGUACAAUUUAUCGGAGUGGUGAUUGGUACAAUUGCUCCGCUUGCUAGAUGCUUCGCAACCUUAAGCUUUCAAGUGUCCUCCGAUAUCAUUUCAAAAUACUUUAAGGUCUUUGAAGUAGAAGGCUAUUGGACUAGCAAGUUAUAUGAAUGGAGACGUGCUAGCAUAAAACUCCCAUUUCGAAGCCGCCCCAAACUCGAGGUGGUCACGGAGAGUUUGAAAAGGAUAAUUCUCAGACCUUGUAUGGAACUUCAGGAGGGAGUUGUGGUGUUGUGCAAGAUAAUAUCUUUGGUCCCGUUUGUUUUUAUGAUAUGUAUCGUGUAUUGUAAAUGUUGUUUGAAGUGGUUAGUGAAGGCUGACAACUUUGAUGAAAACAAAGAUCUUCGCCAGUAUGUUUUGCCUCUUGAAAAUGAGAUGGAGCUUGCUGACAGAACAUUGGAUCGCCUUUCAAAGUCUGUGAACCGAUUGAUCGAAAAGGGUGAAAAAGCACGACCCCAAGAUCUUGAAAUCCUGAUAAAAAAUUCAGAUAGUGGUCUUAAAGGAGUUGCAAAGUUUGACCACAUUGAUCACCAUCGUGUUCCAUCUUUACUAUCAAAAGUACAAGAUCAAGAAUUUUGGAGCUUACCAGUUGUAAGCUUAACAACCAUUGCCAUUUCUCUUCUUGAGAAAGAAAGUAAUGAAGUUAAAAGCUUGUUAAAAAGUGUGUGGGAAGGUCUAAGAUAUGUCACACUGGUGGAAGAAAGUCUCAAUGUUACCGAUGACAAUGUAAGCCUUCAAAAGGAAGCUGAUACUUUGUGGAAAGAAGUUCUUUACGACCAAAAAUGGUUAGGGAUCGACAUUCCAUUUUCUAAAGAGAAAUCAGCUAAACACUUUGUUGAAUGCUUAGGACGCGACGUUGGCGACUCUCCAGAUCCAGCAAAAACAGCUCAAAAGAUUGUUGAAUGGUUCAGGGAUACAUCUAAAAACAUAGAUAAAAUCAAAGGAGGCAUGGAUGAUGAUCCCAUACACCGGUCUGUCUGUGCCAACUCAAUGUAUCAUAUAACCAAAACAAUCCUGCUUACCUACGAAGCCAACGUUGACGACAGUGUCAGCCGAAAAAAUCUUUUUGAUAGUCUAUCAUCAAUGAUCGCUGACAUAAUAGCUGCUUGUCUGACCAACUUACCACAAGUCAUAAAAAAGAAAUGCCACAAUAGUGCGAUAGAGAAAUGGGAAGGCAGUGUCAAAGAUGCAGCCCUACUUCUAGGUGAGACUAAAGAAAUAAUCAAAACCCUUUAUGAAGAUCACGGUAAAAUUAUUUCAGGCAUGAAUCCAAGUGACUUGCCAUUUAUCAACAAGUGGCGCGCACAUUUAGGGAAUCCCUAAUUAAUUCCUUAAAACCAUUUUGGUUCUUCAAGCAAUGUCUGAUUUUCCAGGAUGAUCGAAUAAGCUCUUUCAAGAAGUUAGUUUGCAUGAUUUAUUUUCCAGUAUGUAAAUUGCUUUCAGUUAUGUAUAUAUGUGUGGUUUGACGAACCUUUGGAUGCAUUUGUUGUCUGAUCUUAGUUAUUGGUAUAAAUGUUAUCGUGUUUGAAUGGUUGCUACUA